AUGAGGCAAAGCAUACCGAAGUCACAAGUGCAAAGAACGCGAACCUCCCGCCUACGAUCGACUCCGCGCAACUUCCAUAACACCUCCAGGUUACGUGAUGCGAAGAACGUACCGAGGGAGCCUCUACCAAAAGAUACGAAGGCCGCAGAGCCACAGGGUCUGAGUGCUCGUUUAAAAAAGCUGUCUAGAGAAUAUGGCUGGUCUGCCGUAGGGGUCUACUUGGGCCUGAGUGUUCUGGACUUUCCCUUCUGCUUCUUGUUGGUUCGGAUAGUCGGAACGGAAAAGAUUGGCCAACUUGAGCACUUUAUUGUCUCGAAUGUCAAAAAAGCGAUACCGCAGAGCCUCGUGGACAGAUGGCACGAAUACAAGAGGGCCUUAAAGCAGUCAGAAACGGAGACCUUCGGCAACGAUGAGAUGAGCGAACAUGUCGAGAUGGCGGGCUGGGGGGUUGAGGAAGCUGAAGCGCGAAACAAGGCUGAAGCCAGUCUGGGUACGCAGCUCGCGCUGGCCUAUGCCAUCCAUAAGAGUUUCAUUUUCGUUCGUGUGCCUCUAACUGCGGCGGUGACACCCAAAGUCGUAAAGGUCCUCCGCUCGUGGGGCUGGAAUAUCGGCAAGAGGAGGCCAAAGGUUAGCAAGAAGUGA